ACGGUGUAGACCUUAGGAUCACCAGUUUACCUCAGAGAACCUGAAAACUCCCAAGAGCAAAACCGCCAUGGACUGGCGAAGAUCAAGAGAGAGAGAGAGGGGUAACGUACAGCAAAGGUGGAGGCUUGACUGGUUCCACGAGGGGCGCUGCCUGCCUGCCUCUACUCUCCAGCCCUUCACUCUUCAAACCCAAUUCAGAAUCAUAAGCCACGUGACAUAUUGGAUCCGGUACUUGCGCUCCCUUAAACUUAGGCAUUAGGGUUCUCUCUCUUCUCUCACACAUGACUCGUGUUCCACUCUCCUCUCUCCUACCCGUUCUUCUCACCUCUCUUGUUUAGACCGAAGACAAAAGCGACAGCACGAGCAAACAGAAGCCAACUUUUUGAAACCCAGAUAGUGAAAUUUAUAAUUAUUUUUUUUUGGAGCGGUGGGUUCUCCACUCCUUUCUGUGUCUCUCUGUGCUGAUAAUCGUCGGCAUUAGCCGGUUAGUCGGCCGUAGAUGGGGUGGUGGGUACCGACAUGGAGCGAUGAAGUGGAGAAUUCAAGUUCAAGAUCAGCAACAAUGAUGAAUGAAGAACUAAUUUAAACGGAAGAUUCUCAUUCUUCUCGAAGAAGAUUUUUUUAGUUGAAAUUUUUGGAACCUGUAACUGUAUAGGAAUGGUUAGUUGGUUUGUUAUUUUAAUGGUGGCGAGAAGGGCUCGAUGAUCAUCGGUUUCUUCCUCCACCAUUGCAAACCCAUUGUUAUUACCCAAUUAAAAGGAGGAUUCUCUAGAGCAUGUCUGAUUUGGUGGCCCGAACUGGUCGACUUCAGCAGCGGUACGAGGCAGGUUGUCGUCUCGUCGCCGGGUGUAUCCCGUUUAGGUGGAGAGAUGGGGAUAGUGGUGAUGCCAACUCUCAGAAGAUUGUCGAGGUGCUUAUGAUCAACUCAGCUAGUGGACCAGGUCUUUUGUUUCCAAAGGGAGGAUGGGAGGAUGAUGAGACUGUUGAGGAGGCAGCAGAACGAGAAGCUUUAGAAGAAGCUGGUGUGCGAGGGGAGUUAAUGGAUUUGCUAGGGCAUUACCAUUUCAAAAGCAAGUUCAGCCAUGAGGGUGUGUGUAAAGCUGCAAUGUUUGCUCUACUUGUCAAAGAGGAGCUGGAAUCAUGGCCAGAACAGAGUAUCCGCCAAAGGAAAUGGUUGGUCAUUCAAGAAGCUGUUAAGCAUUGCAGGCAUGCAUGGAUGCGAGAGGCUCUUGAAGAAGGCUUCUCCAAGUGGUAUGCUGAUAAGAUGGUAAACAUAAAGGGGGAGCGUCCGAUUUCUUUGCCUUCCUGCCUCAAUGAGCAUUGAUUUUGUGUUGUGUGCACAUGCUAUGGAAAUGCUCAUAAGCGUGCACAUAGCUGAAGAAGCUAUAGUUUUAGGGUCAUUUUUCUAAUUUUGAUUUUUUCAGACCAAGACCCAUGGGGAUGCUGGUCGAGUCUGUUUACUCAUCUAAAAUUUUAUCUUGUUUCUCCCUAUAUUCUGGGCUGUGGCUACCUCAUGUUAUAGACACCUUUAAGAUACUUAUAUUCAACAAGAAACCAGUUUUAGGAUCUCA